AUGUCAGAAACAAAAGAAGACGGAACCAUUUCGAAGAGGGAAGAAAAUCUUGAACAAGUAGUAGAUGAUGAAACGAAGAGUCAGUCAAGUGAAGAGAGCAACGAUGUGAGUAUGUUUGCAAGUGUGUGGGUUAAAGUAGAGGUUAUGGAAGAAGGACCAGAAUUUGAGAAACCCCUGCCGGAGAAGGAAAAACUAACAAGUACAUCGAAACGCAAAAAGAGAAAACCACAGAAAGUCUUAAAAACAUUACAAUGUGAGGAAUGCGAUUAUACAACCGUGUACAAAAACUGUCUACAACUCCAUAUUCUUGGUCACACUAAUUUCAAACCAUUUUCAUGUGAUUCCUGCGACUAUGUCACAAAAUAUCCAUCAUCUUUGCAACGGCAUGUGUUAACACAACACGGAGAAACCACAGAUAAAGAAAAAGAAUUAUCCGUAUACACCUGUGAGCAAUGUCCAUACACCUCUUAUUAUAAAUGUAAUUUGAAUUCACACAAAAGAAAGCAUAAAUUAGAAAAGGAAUUUAAAUGUGACCAUUGUCCUUACACAACAGCUUACAGGCACAAUUUUGUAAAACAUAGCAAAGUACAUAACAAAACGGACUCACACAGAUAUAAGUGUGAUAAGUGUCCCUUUGUAACCAAGUUUGAAGGACAUAUUACAAGGCAUUUAGCAAAAAUUCAUAAUGAAGUCUCUGAUAAGGCCAAUAGAUGUGACUUAUGUGAUUUCUCCACUAAAGUACGCUGGCGACUUAACAUACAUAAACAGAGAAGCAAACAAGAAGAGGUUAUGAAAUGCAACUAUUGCGAUUUUGAGACUUUCUACAGGUGUGAGAGUAAAAAACAUAAAGUCACCCAUUAUAGUGAAAUAUACGUGCCAAAAAAUUCAACACCAUAUCAAGGAAAUGCUUUUAAUUAUCAAGAAACUAAUUCUGAUCCUCCGGUUUAUGAUAUAACUUUAGAGGCUCCUGAAACUGCGAGUCAAACACCACAGAAAAAGAACAAUCAUUACAAAAUUGAUCCUGUAUGUGAAGUUGACUGGAACAACAUACAAGUUUCUGAGUCAAGUGACAAGGACAAGCCGUUUAAGUGUACAAUGUGUCAAUACACAGCAAGGUUCAAAGCAUCCGUUCAGAGACACUACCAACGUCACCACACUGGCUCACACAACCGUCCCUACAAAUGUGUAAACUGUGAUUUCUCAACGAAAACUAAAGACCAAAUUUCACUACACAACAAGAGAUCACAGUCAGACCUUGAAAUAUUUUGCCAAAACUGUAAUUUUUCUACCCACUUCAAAUGCCAAUAUGUGAUGCAUCAAAAAUGUCACUACGAGCACAAGUGUACGGUUUGUAGUUACACGUGUAAGAAUAAAUAUGAAAUAACUAAACAUUACUCUAUGGUACACUUAGGGAACAGUUUGAAAUGUCGUUAUUGUGACUAUAAGGCUUUUCGGUUAGAAACUUUACAAUGCCAUGAGACAAUACACACCGGCCACAAACCGUUUAAAUGUUCCUACUGUAACUAUAUGUCUGUAAGAAAGUCUUUGCUGGUAAAUCAUGUGAAACGUUAUCAUAGUGAUGUGAAAGUGGAACCCACAGUUAUUAGUGAUAGUAAGAUUGAAUCGUUAAAGAUGAGUUCAGAUGAAUUGGCAGAUCAAAGUGGUGUUUUGCAGGAUUAUUAUGAUUGUCAAGCAAGCAUUAGUAUGAAUCAAACAGGACCUGUUUAG